UUUUUUUUUUUUGCGAGAUCGAGGCGAAGAAAUCGUCGCGUGGAUCCUCCAGUUUUGGGUCAACAGUGUGUACUAGAUAGAUCAGGCUGGAAGUGGAAUCCAACCCGGGGUGCCCGCGCACAGCACACAGCACCGGGCUCGUCCUUGUAGGCUUGUCUGCCAGAUCGGCCGACGCGCACGCGGACACCACGACGCAAGCGCGGGCGCCGGCGUGGCCUAGCGAUGGAGAGCCCCACGUCGACGGCGUCGCGCCCCGACUUCUACGACUUCCUCGACCGCAUGCGCCGCCCCGCCGCCGCCGACCUCUUCCGCUCCAUCAAGAGCUUCCUCGUGUCCUUCUCCUUCCACGCGCCCAACGCCGAGGAGGACGGCUGCAAGGUCCAGGCCUUCUUCACGGAGAUGGAGAGCGCCAUCAGGGACCAUCCGCUCUGGGCCAACGCCACCAACCAGGAGAUCGACCACGCGCUCGAGGGCCUGGAGAAGUACGUCAUGACCAAAUUGUUCGACCGCACGUUUGGGACCUCCACUGAGGAUGCUGUUACCGACAUGGAGAUAUCAGAGAAGAUUGGUCUCUUGCAGCAGUUUGUUAAGCCUCAUCACUUGGAUAUACCCAAGAUCCUGCAUAACGAGGCAUCGUGGCUGCUUGCAGUGAAAGAGUUGCAGAAGGUUAAUUCCUUCAAAGCACCACGUGAGAAGCUUCUGUGCAUCAUGAGCUGUUGUCAAGUCAUCAAUAACUUGCUUCUGAACAUAUCAAUGUCAAAUGAUCGAACAUUAUCUGGGGCUGAUGAAUUCCUUCCUAUUCUUAUCUAUAUUACUAUCAAGGCCAAUCCUCCUCAGCUGCACUCCAAUCUGAAGUUUGUUCAGCUCUUUAGAAGAGAAACAAAGCUAAUUUCGGAAGUUGAAUACUAUCUGACAAACCUCAUUUCAGCAAAGAUGUUUAUAAUAGAUGUUAAUGCUAGCUCAUUAUCGAUGGAGGGAAGCGAGUUUCAGAAACAUAUGGAAUCGGCAAGACUAGCUACUCAAGUAUCUGUUGCUAGCCCAAGUAGCUCACAGGGACCCCCCACAUCUGCAAGGGCAAAUCAGGAGGAAAUUGAUAUGGCAGGUCCUAGAUUCCCUUUCAUGGAUUCAGAAACUGAAAGCUUGAAUCCACGGGAAGUCAAGCAGAUGCAUGAUCUGUAUAGGCAAGUUGUCACAAGAUAUACACUGCUGUCUAAAGCUUUAAGAAAGUUAUCCAUAGACGAGGAUCAGCUCAUUAAUUCAGUGCAUGACUCAUGAGAUGAUGUGAAGAUGCUGGUGGUAUCAAUCAUAAGCAGCCUCCAUAUCCACAUUACUCUUGUGCAUGUACAGUGGAGUAAAAACAAGUGAAAUCUUGUUUCCAUUAGUUGCAGCCUCGUAGGAAAAGAACAGGAAAAGAACAAGGUCUUUAGAGUCAAUGCAUGUAACUAAUGCUCCAGCAAGUCCAAUGCAAUAGAGGGCACAACAGCUGUGAGUUGAGCAUUACGCAUGGGAAGUGCUGUUUUUGCUAAUCUUGUUCCUGAUAGCCUUGGUUCACUACAGUUGUAGCAUUGUGGUGCUUGGGCAUGGUUAGUUCAUGACUUGUACUUAGGUUGGAGGUCCCUUUAUUCACCCGGAUGGAUCUUCCGAAAUCAGUGCUGAAGGAACUGAAAAUUGGCGCACAUGACAUUGCCUGAGUUAUUGCCUUCUGAACUGUGUUCGACCUGCCACCAGAUGUCUCACAGUUUUGGCGUCGAUGGGCUUGCUGCAAUGGACAAUAUGAAUUCUAACCUGGAAUGUAGGGCCAGAAAAUCACUACUGGAGCAGGCAGGGAUGAAGAUGGAGUAACAAUAGGCUGGGAAAAUUCUAAAGCUCGACAUACUAAACAACGGAGUAUGUUUGUUGAUUCCAAAUGUUGAGCGUUGAGGUUUGAGAGUUGUAGUGUUGGGGAAAAUGUAAGCGUGUAACACUUUGAUAAGGAACAAAAUGUAUUAAACUUAAGAACAGAGUACACUUAGGAGAAUGAUGUUCUCCAACUUUACAGAAGAUAGACUAUCUAGAACAGGGCAGGAGCCUCUGUGAAACUAGUGUGAAGUGUAACGCUAAUUUGAAUGUUGGGGGAAUGGAUACUACUAGGGGAACUAACUAGA